GGCUACAGACGCACUCACAACGGAAAAUCUGCUCGUCAUAUUAUAGCUUCAUCAUCCUGAAGGCGAGAGGUCGUACAUAGUGGUGACACUUGAACUAAACACGAUAACAUCCACAGAUUAAUGAUGGAAGUUGCAAUCCACAGAAUCCUUUCUCUAUCACUAAAACAAAUGAAAUCCGUCUAACCCGGAGAUAUCAAGAAAGAUUUUUUAUUGACAUCUUAGAAACAGGUAAUCUCAAGGAAUAACCCAUCAAUGGAACAUUAGAAAUAGGUGAUCUGAUGAAAGAGCCUGUUAUUGGAACCCUGAAAUUUAUUGAUCUGAUGAAAGAACCCAUUAUUGGAACCGUGGAAAUGGCUGGGAACGAGAAUCAUGAAAAACAUACUGGUCCAACAAAGCAGUCUCAUGCAUGUUGUGAGUGCAGUAAAACAUUUUCUAAAUCAAGUGACUUCAAAAAGCACAUGCUCUGUCACAGUGAAAUCAAGCCUAAUGAGUGUGUUGAAUGUCGGAAAACAUUCACACACUCAACUGCUCUUCAGAGACACAUGAAGGCUCACAGUGGAAUCAAGCCUUAUCAGUGUAAUGUGUGUGAGAAAACGUUUAUUCGAUUAAGUUACCUUUCAAAACACAUGAGGAUUCACAGUGGAAUCAAGCCAUACGAAUGUGCUGAAUGCGGGAAAAAAUUCACGGAAUCAAGUACUCUUCAGAGACACAUGAGGAUUCACAAUGGAAUCAAGCCAUUUGAAUGUAUUGAAUGUGGGAAAAAAUUUACACAAUCAAGUAACCUGCAGACACACAUGAAGCUUCACAGUGGAAUCAAGCCAUAUGAAUGUGUUUUAUGUGGGAAGAAAUUUACAGAAUCAGGUAACCUGCAAGUACACAUAAAGAUUCAUAGUGGAAUCAAACCUUAUGAAUGUGGUGAAUGUGGGAAAACAUUUACACACGCAAGUAACCUGCAGACACACAUGAAGAUUCACAGUGGAAUAAAACCAUAUGAAUGUGUUGAGUGUGGGAAGAAAUUUAUACAAUCAGGUAACCUGCAGGUACACCUGAGGAUUCACUCAGGAAUCAAGACUUAUGAAUGUGUUCAAUGUGGGAAAGAAAUUACCAAAUCAGGUCAUCUGCAGAGACACAUGAGAAUUCAUACUGGAAUCAAACCCUAUGAAUGUGUUGAAAAUGGGAACACAUUUAUACGAUCAGAUUGUUUUAAGGGUUAUAUGAAGAUUCACAGUGACAUCAAACCCUAUCAGUGCAUUGUGUGUGAGAAAACAUUUAUCAGGCACACAUGAGGUUUCACAGUGGAAGCAAGCCUUAUCAGUGUAUUGUGUGUGAGAAAACAUUUAUUUGAUUAGGUACUCUACAGGCACACAUGAGAUUUCACAGUAGAAUCAAACCAUAUGAAUGUGUUGAAUGAGGGAAAAAAUGUACACAAUCGAGUAGUCUGCAGACACACAUGAAGAUUAUCAGUGGAAUGAAGCCUUAUGAAUUGUGUUGUGUUUGGAAAGUAUGUACAGCUGCAGGCACCCUUAUGAUACACAUAAGGAGUCAAAAUGCUGUCUUAUCAAUGUGUUGAAUGUGGGAAAACGUUUACACUACCAGAUACUCUUAGCCAGUAAACUUUUAAGAGGAUUUGAGGUAGAAUCAACUGAUUGUUGAGUAUUAGUGUAGUGUAUACAUAGCAAGGAGUGAGAUUAAUUAAAGUUCUUCAGUGUUAA